AUGGCAGUGAAGGCAAGCGAUAAGGAUCGCUGGAACUUGCUGUCGCCAGCGUCGCCAGCCUCGCCAGCCUCAAAGUCCUUAGCAAAAGACUUUGACUUUGGAGAUGCGGCCAAGGGAGGUUUGGUCAAGGGUAAGGAUCGCUGGAACCUCCUGCGUGACAAUGUCCAAUCCGUGUCUUUGCAGGCACGUGGUGUAAACGCUUUCUCCAGUGUGGGACGGCCCGUGUCGAGCCCUUCACAACGCAUCCAACUUUUUUCUUCCACACUCCGGCGAGCAGCAGCUCGACAAGACAAGAGUGACGAAGUGCUUGAAUCUCCUGGUGCCACAAGCGUACUCAGUGUACUUACAGCCCCAGAACCGGCCCCCGAGCCUGGUGUGGCUGGCGAUGCCGAAUGCCCAGCCAACUUGAGCCAGGACUUGAAGGGCAAAGCAGGUCAAGAUGAUUUUGGUGAGGAGUUCUCGGAUUGGGAGUCCGAGGUUUCCAAAUCUGCAAACCUCGAAACUCUGGAACCCAACGACCUGCAAGGGUUCCUUGGCCACUCCGACGAUGUCACGAGUCCUGGUAUGGCCAUAGCGCAUGGUUCUGUGACCGGGGCUCGUCGUGAAGCUAGCAGGCAAGAGCAGCUCGGGGAAGUGCCGGACGCAGAAGUAGAUCCAAGCCAUUUCAUAGUCGGAAACUCAGAGUCGGCCGAGAUCCAUGCUAGUGCAAGCGUAGCGUCCAGUGCAACAGCAAGCGGCGCUCCAAAUGGUGCAGCAGAAGCCCCAGCAACAGAUCUCAUGGCCCGCAUGCUCGGUGGACUUCCUAGCUGGGCAACGUUUUCGGGCGCAGACGAAUCUGAGGACGAGGUCCACAAUGCCUGGGGGGAGCAAGAUACGGAGGAAAUGAUGGGGCAGCGAGCUCUCGAACUGCAGCAAGCAAGAGGUAUAGAGAUCCCGGGAACCCCGACGGAGUCAGCAGCGCAGGCAAGGUUAGCCAAACGAAGGCAGAAAGCACAGGCUAAACAAAAAGUGCAUCUGGAAGUUAACAGUGCAGAGAGCACUGAGAGCACAGCCGGCAACCUCUUUGGCAUGAUGUCGAUGCUCAGCGGUCUUGCCAACGCGACAGCUAGCUCUGCGCAUGGUGACGAUAAAGAAGAGGUUCACAAUGCUUGGGGUGGUGACGACACGGACUCGAACUUUGCAGAACGGGCCGCCGAGCUCGAACAGGCACGUGGAAUGGUGGUUCCUGUUCUUCAAGUGCAGACGACUGGGCGCGAGCGGCUGGCCAAGCGCAGGCAGAAGGGGCAGAAGGCUCAGAAGCAGCUCAAGAGUUGUGAAGGACAUUCAGAAGUAUCUGAUGAGGGCCUGGCGACCUACUCCGGCCCGGUGACUGCUUCUGUUUUUUCUGCUGCUGCCACUGGCAUGGUGCAGUUUCAGAGGCUUUUCAACCUCGUGACAUCCAAUGAGGAGGAUGAGAUAGACGAAGUCUUCUGCAUAUGGGGUGAGGAAGAUUCCCCUGAAAAGCAUCAAGAGCGAGUUGUCGCAUUGGAAAUGGCACGAUCAGAUCAAAGUGCACGACUCCCACACCACAGAGUGCUGCGACAGAAGCGCAGGGGCCCUGCCAGUCCCAGCAAUAAGGAGCCUGAUGAUCCUUUUCUUCUCGAACUGCGGGAGCAGAUCGAGUAG